AUGUGGUGGGCCCUGCUGCUGCUGCUGCUGCUGCUGCUGCUGCUGCUGCUGCUGCUGCUGCUGCUGCUGCUGCUGCUGCUGCUGCUGCUGCUGCUGCCGCCGCCUACAACGCCGCGCCUGAGCCGGGCAGAGCCUCUCCAGAAAAACGCGGUUUUCCGGCUCACUCACCGGAGCCCUUGGGGGAGCCGGGCCAGCAACGCCACGGUCUCGCCCUGCGACGGGCUCCCGGCGGCGGGGAUCGCGACCCUGAGUCUCGCGAACCGCAGCCUGGAGCGCCUGCCGGGCUGCCUGCCGCGCACGCUGCGCAGCCUCGACGGCGGCCACAACAUGCUGCGCGCCCUGAGCGCGCCGGAGCUCGGCCGCCUGCCGGGCCUGCGGGAGCUGGCGCUGCGCCACAACCGCAUCCCCGAGCUGCGCUGGGGCCCCGGCGCGCCCGCCGCGCUGAGCGCGCUCGACCUCAGCCACAACCGGCUGGCCGCCCUGCCGCCGUGCGCCGCGCCCGCGCUGCCCGGCCUCCGCGCGCUGGCGCUGGCCGGGAACCCGCUGCGGGCGCUGCAGCCCGGGGCCUUCGCCUGCUUCCCCGCGCUGCGCCUGCUCAACCUCUCCGGCACCGCGCUGGGCCGCGGCGACCAGGCCGCCAUCGCCGACGCCGCCUUCGCCGGGGCGGGCGGCGCGCCCCUGGCCGCGAUCGAGGUCCUGGACCUCAGCGGCACGUUCCUCCCGCGCGUUCAGUCGGGAUGGAUCAGAGACUUGCCAAAGCUCAAGUCCCUCUACCUGAGGAAGAUGCCCAGACUGAGGAGCUUGGAGGGAGACAUAUUCAAGACCACCCCUGAGCUGCAGCUGCUGGACUGUCAAGAUUCGCCAGCACUUACGUCUGUCCAUACGCACAUCUUCCAAGACACUCCUCGCCUACAGGUCCUCCUAUUCCAGAACUGCAACUUUAGUUCCUUCCCCCCGUGGAACCUGCAUUCCUCCGAGGUCCUGUCCAUUAACCUCUUCGGCAACCCCCUCACUUGCAGCUGUGAGUUGUCAUGGCUCCUCAUUGAGGCAAAGAAGAUUGUCCUAAGCAGGGCAGCAGACACUCUGUGUGUACCAGCUGCAGGAUCCGAUGGCACUUCCUCAGCCCUGCUCUCGCUGUCCCAGCUGCCCAGUGUGUGCCAUUUGGACCAAAACACCACCCUCCUUGAUUCCAACCCACCCUCCUCGUUCUAUUCCACCCACGCACCAUCUAUACAGGGUCCCUCCACCCUGCAGAGCACAACCCCCUCCACUCAACCUGCGGGAGGCCGACAGAGUGUCACCAAGGUUCCCUCCCUCCCUGUGGAUUCUCCCACACGAGCCACCGGGCCGUACAGCCGUGCGGAGGAGGGGGCCGUCCCCUCCACUACCACCUCUCCAGCAGGUUCCAGCAACUCCGGCCAUCCACCCAGGGCUGCUGGCACCGCCGGGCCAGAGCACCGAGAACAUGCUACGCGGCUUGUUCGGGAGCCUAGCAUUUCAGCUGCCUUCACCCCAUGGGCCAGCAAACACCCUGCUCUCUUUCCUGCCUCCCGGAACCCACUGAGCACUCCCCAGCCCCACCAGGCAACAUGGGCCACCCCGGUGGCUCCGCACCCGCGUCCUUCCGAGGGCGGGAUUGCAGUCUUGAGGCUGGACCUCCAGGAGGAGGAGGUGGGGGCACCGGCCUGGGAUGCCCCCUGCGAUUACCACCCCUGCAGGCACCUCCAGACGCCGUGCGCAGAGCUGCAGCGGCGCUGGCGGUGCCGGUGCCCGGGCCUCAGCGGGGAUGACACCCUCCCGGACCCCCCCAGGCUGCAGCCGGUGGCCGAGACCACCGACACGUCGGCGCUGUGCGCCCCCAACUCGGUGGUGAGGGCCUACCAGAUCCGCUACUCGCCCGAGGGCCGGCCGGGGAACCAGUCGGUGGUGGGGGACGUCUGCGCCACCGCGCGCCAGCACGCCCUGCACGGGCUGUCGCCGGCCACCGCCUACCGCGUGUGCGUCCUGGCGGCCAACGGCGCGGGCCUGAGCCCGUCUGGGGCGUGCGCCGCCUUCAGCACCAGGCGCAGCCCCGCGCUGGUCGCCGCCGGGCUGGGCGCCGCGGGCGGCCUGCUGCUCCUGAGCACCGCGCUGCUGGCCGCCGGCCUCUGCCAUCGGCGCGGGACCCCGCGCGGUCCGCGCCGCCACGCGCGCCUGGUGGCCUACCGCAACCCCGCCUUCGCCGCCGCGCCCCCGGCCGCGCUCCCGCGGGCGCGCACGCGCUGA